CCCAGAAAGGAUGGUGACUGAUUUUGUGUGUGGAUGGUUUUAGCUGGGUCGCCGUGGAAUUUGGGGUGAGGUAGAUAGAAAAAGGGAACAAAGGCGUCCUGGACCCGGAUAGCUUUGAUACCUUAGUGCAGCUUUCAGGUAGGGACAAAGGAAACUAAUCAAACAAGUGCUGGCUUGGGGCGUCGUGUCUUCUGAGGGAAGCCGGUUUCUUCAUUCAUGUAGAGAUAACAGGAGCUGUGAAAUGGCUAGCAUUUCCAGAAAAUGCUGAAAAAUUGUGAAGUCUUUAUACAGGGUGUUUAAUGCAAUUGGAUUACAUAAACUGAGGUUCUGACACGUUGAAUGACGAGUAUAGCUUUUUUUUUUCAUUUACACCAAAAGCUUUGAAAGCUAAAGAGCUCCGGAGUCGGUGCAGUAUAACAGCAUUUUCUAAUUAAUAUGGUCCGUGGGUUUAUUGAAUGAAGUAGAAUCGUUUCUUGGCACAGGCUCUGUCGAGCCCAUCAGUAAGAAUGGAUGGGUCUCUCUCCUGUUUCGGGUUGCAGUGCAUCUUUUCUUACUAGUCAUUGGCAAAAUGGGUCAAAUUUGCCUAGGACUAAGGUACUGCAUAUAACGUGGAUCAGGGAUAGGAACUUUUCAGUGAAACUGUGGUCAGAAAUCACUUGAAAAUAUGACAGUCCUCCAGUUUACUGACACUGUACCUUGUUGCUGUUCUUAAUUGCCUAAUCAAGAGCUUUCUACUUCAUUAGUUUAGUGAGUUUGUCAGCAAAAGUUUUGAUCUCAUGGGGUUUUGUUGUUGUUGAAUCACAGGAUAUUCAGAAAGAUACUCAGAGUUUUUGAAUGCUCACUUACGGUUUGAAAAAGCAUUUGCAAGCACUUUGGCUUGUGAGGAUAUCUGGUCUGAUGGAGAGACUAUGUCAUGUGUACCGGUGAUGAUACAACACUCAUGAAUCACAGAGCAGGGUUUUCAUGAAUUCCAUAUUCUCUAAGAAUUUGUCUUUUGAAGGUAUGCUGGGAGUUGGGGUAUUGGGAUACAUUCCCAGUCCAUAUGCUAAGCUCCUGAAAAACUGAAAGGUACAAUCGAUAAAAUCCACUCUGCUUUUUUUUUUUUUUUUUAAUCUCAAGAACUUUCGCCUCGAAGGAAAAAUGUAGUAUGUUAUCUGAGUAUUUCAGUGUUUGCUGUUUGAUUUUACAUAUUAUUGAAAGCAUCUGCUGCAUGAAUCCGUUCUUUUGCCACAAUAUUUCAUUCAUUUUGCAAUCAACUACAAAAGCAGAAAAAUUGUCAAAACGGAGGAAUUUAAGGAAAGUGCAGAUUUCUUGGACUUGUUAUUCCUUGGUUAGACAUACAACGAAAUCCUGCUGCUCAUCUAUCAAACCCCCCUUGCAAACACAUACACAUACACACGCACAAAGUAGUACUUUGAUUUGGUCUGCAUUCCAUACAGAAGCAAACAUUUCUUCUUCCUAUAAAAGUCUUAAGUUUUAAAGUAAGCACAAAUACAAACUUAUCUAAAGUUAUGGAGAGGGGUGCCUGGCUGGCUCAGUCGGUGGAGCAAGUGACUCUUGAUCUCAGGGUUGUGAGUUCAAGCCCCAGGCUGAGUGUAGAGAUUACUUAAAAAUAAGAUCUUAAAAAAAUAAUAAAAUUAUGGAGAAAAUUUCUCUUAAAAUGGUCAUCUGUUUAUAUUUUUAAUAAUAGAAAAUCUUUAUACAAAGCAUGAAAUGAGUUAAUGUGCUUUCUGCAUGCAAAUCUAACAAGGUACGGUUUAUGUCUGGAAGCCAGAGUCAUGUGGCACAACAUUUGAGCACAUCUCCUGGCUCAAUCCUGUACCCUUAACCUUUGGAUGACUUUCAGGUAUUUAGUUUAAAGUGCAGAGAUUUAUAUGGUUAGUCUUGAUAGAUUCCUGUUCAUCUGGAAUUUCUUUUUUUCAUUAUGGCAUUUCAGAAUGCUUAUUUAGUUAUUGAUCUUCUUUCCAAAAUUCUAAUCAUUGCCUUCUGUUGUAUAAUCUUAUCUUCAGUUUUUAAAACAAAUCCCUUCUGAAAUAGUGCAUUUAAAAUAAUGGUGCUUUCUAUCACUUGCAAAAGGGGUUCUGUAUGCCCACCUUAUGCAGUGCUCAUUACAGAAGCAAACAAGAAUAAGUUAUUAUUCGGUGUUUGGUUUUCUCUGCUCUCACACAUCCCACUUAUCACUUCUCCAAUUACUCUUCAAAAGAGGGUACCUGAAAAUAAUGUAAUAUAUAGCUAACAAUCUCUGAUACUUGUAAAUUUUUUUUCCUUAAUGGGUUCAACCUUAAGAAGGAAUUGCUGACAUUAAAACCCACAUGGUUUUGUUUUCUGUAUUAUUUUUUGUUUACUGCAUUUGUUUCCUUCUUUAACUCUAAAGUCUAUUUCUUUAUAGGCCAAAUGAGUUAUUUGAAGCAAUACCUCAACAAUUCAGGGGAAAUAAAUGUUAGAAGGAAGAAAGUUUUUUUCCCUUGCAUAAAUUAUCUGGAUUAAUGAUGCACAUUCAAUAAAUUUUCUAGAUAAAUGUCCAGCAAAAUAUUUUCAUUGUCACAUAGUGUCAGUGAUUUUUAUUUGGAUUCAUAUGUGUACCUUUUCUAUACAAACCUUAGACUAUUAGACUAUUAUUUCACUAUUCUUUAUUGCUUCCUUAAGGCAAAUACAUACUUUUAUUUUAAAUGUAAGAGAAAAUAUUUUUCUAGGGAUUGAAUUCUACCUCAAUCCAUAAUGGAUGAAAAUAGUGUUUCUGUAGCUUUCCCUUCUGGCUGAUUAGCAGGGGAAAAUGCUAGCAAGUAAAUUAAAUUACAGAACUGAGACCAUUUACUUUACUAACAAAGCCUUAGAGCUACUAGCGUACUUAAACUUCUUUUUAUCACAAAGCGUACAGUGAUUAAACAACGAAUAAAUGAAACCUGCAUUUGAUUUCAAAGCCUCACUGCAACAAACACUUAUAAAGGCAUAGAGACCCAGAAGAGGCCUUCGGUAGCAUCUGCUUCUGUGUGUUCACUUACAACCUAGGGAAGUGAGGCCCAAAGAGGAAUCCCCGUCAGAAGUGCCAGCCUGCCGCUGUUCUCUGAUGCCAUGCCAGCACCAACUCAACUGUUUUUCCCUCUGAUCCGUAACUGUGAACUGAGCAGAAUCUAUGGCACCGCGUGUUACUGCCACCACAAACACCUCUGCUGUUCGUCGCCUUACGUUCCUCAGAGUCGCCUGCGAUACGCACCCCACCCAGCCUAUGCCACCUUUUGCAGGCCGAAGGAGAGCUGGUGGCAGUACAACACCCAGGGAAGGAGAUACGCCUCCACGCCGCAGAGGUUUUACCUCACACCCCCGCAGGUCAACAGCAUCCUGAAAGCCAACGAAUACAGCUUCAAAGUGCCAGAAUUCGAUGGCAAAAAUGUCAGUUCCGUCCUUGGAUUUGACAGCAAUCAGCUGCCUGCAAAUGCACCCAUCGAGGACCGGAGAAGUGCAGCUACUUGCUUGCAGACCAGAGGGAUGCUCUUGGGGGUUUUUGACGGCCAUGCCGGCUGUGCUUGUUCCCAGGCAGUCAGUGAGAGACUCUUUUAUUACAUUGCCGUCUCCUUGUUGCCCCAUGAGACUUUGCUAGAGAUUGAAAAUGCAGUCGAGAGUGGCCGGGCACUGCUGCCCAUUCUCCAGUGGCACAAGCACCCCAAUGAUUACUUCAGUAAGGAGGCGUCCAAAUUGUAUUUCAACAGCUUAAGGACUUACUGGCAAGAACUUAUAGACCUCAACACUGGGGAGUCUACUGAUAUUGAUGUGAAGGAGGCUUUAAUUAAUGCUUUCAAGAGGCUUGACAAUGACAUCUCUUUGGAGGCUCAAGUCGGUGAUCCCAAUUCUUUUCUCAAUUACUUGGUGCUUCGAGUGGCAUUUUCUGGGGCCACUGCUUGUGUGGCCCAUGUAGAUGGCGUCGACCUUCACGUGGCCAAUACCGGUGAUAGCAGAGCCAUGCUGGGUGUGCAGGAAGAGGAUGGCUCUUGGUCGGCAGUCACUCUCUCAAAUGACCACAAUGCUCAGAAUGAAAGAGAACUGGAACGGCUGAAAUUGGAGCACCCAAAGAAUGAGGCCAAGAGCGUGGUGAAACAGGAUCGGCUGCUUGGCUUGCUGAUGCCUUUUAGGGCUUUUGGAGACGUAAAGUUCAAAUGGAGCAUUGACCUUCAAAAGAGAGUGAUAGAAUCAGGCCCAGACCAGUUGAAUGACAAUGAAUAUACCAAGUUUAUCCCUCCUAAUUAUUAUACACCUCCUUAUCUCACUGCUGAGCCAGAGGUGACUUAUCACCGAUUAAGGCCACAGGAUAAGUUUCUGGUGUUGGCUACUGAUGGGUUGUGGGAGACGAUGCAUAGGCAGGAUGUGGUUAGGAUUGUGGGUGAGUACCUGACGGGCAUGCAUCACCAACAGCCAAUAGCUGUUGGCGGCUACAAGGUGACUCUAGGACAGAUGCAUGGCCUUUUAACAGAAAGGAGAGCCAAGAUGUCCUCGGUAUUCGAGGAUCAGAAUGCAGCAACCCAUCUCAUUCGUCACGCGGUGGGCAACAACGAGUUUGGAGCUGUAGACCACGAGCGCCUCUCCAAAAUGCUCAGUCUUCCUGAGGAGCUUGCUCGGAUGUACAGAGACGACAUAACAAUCAUCGUGGUUCAGUUCAAUUCUCAUGUUGUAGGGGCAUAUCAAAACCAGGAAUAGUGGGUGGGUCUUACCCUGGCAAUUUUCAAAUGAAAUAGAUUUAAGGGGCAGAUAGAUUUGUGAAAGAUGCUAAUAUAAUAAGGGUUUCCAGUAGGUCACUAAACAUUUACCCAUUGAUACUCUAGCUGGUCAACUCCUCCAAAUUGACUUUCCGGCAGGGUGGCAGGAUCACGAGGGUCUCAUUCUGCCUAGCUCGGACCUCACGGCACCUGUGAUUGAGGCGAGUCCGUUCCUCGUUGCAAAUGUCUCAUGACAUUGGCUUCUUUUAUCGAUCUGAGAAAAUCAAGAUGACCUGGCAAGUAGGAUCUUGAAUAGGCCAAAAGCCAGGAUCUUGCUGGGCGUAUUCUCUUGGUAAAAGGGAAGAAACAUUCUGUUCACACCUGCAGACCCUUCUCGUCACUAAGAUUCCAGUGUACAUGAGAAUGUUUAUUUAUUGCAUGACUUCCUAGAUAUACAAUCUAUGCAUUAUUCAUAUAAAUUUAUUUUAGCCUGAAGUGGUUUUCAAAUCCAGUACUUAAGCCAUAAAUGACUGAGAACCAAGCAGUCUGAAUUUGUAAGUGUUUGUGAUUAUUUGACUGGAAUGCUUCUUAAAUGGAAAAACAAACUACUCCCUUCACCACCCCUGGUUACCUAAUGUAAUUGAAACUUUUUCUGUUUUGCCACAUGGUUGAACACAGUGUUUUUAGUUUGGUCCACUCUUAGAUUGAUGUUAAAUGAAGAAAAAAGAAUUAUUUUUUUAGUUUGUAUUGAUGAAAUGAUUUCAUUUAGUUUGAAAUAAAAAGAUCCAGAAUAAAAAGAAGAGACUGUUCAAUUAUUGUCAUCUGUAGCCACCAAGCACAUCAUGCUUAUCUCGUAAUCCCCACAGGCUUAGCAUGCUGUGUGUGGUGGGUAGACUGUUCAGGAGAUCAUCCUUCCAGUUUAGUCGUGAUAAGAAUGUUCCGCACUUUUUGGAAUUAAGUUUAAAUAUCAAAUUGGGGAGUAAGAUUUAAUAUUACUUUUGGUUAUUGAGACCAGGGAGGGAGUUUUUGUUUUUCUCCAUGUAGACAUAGGUCAGUUAAAAUAUUUGGUGUAAAAAUCACUAAAUGCUUUAAACAUGUUGUAGCUUAUAAAUAGGAAUUUAAGAUAUACACGUGAGAAAUUUUCAAACGUAACUGUUGUGCAUGCCUGAUGCUUAAUAGAACACUUAGUAGCAUCAAGUGUUGUUUGCAGCAGUCCCUGUAAUUAUAUGCAGUCCCUUCUAAUGCUGUAUCAAAAUAAAUGAAAAUAAACAUUCAGAUUGGCUUUUGGGGAGCUUUUUAAUAUGCAUCAACGGCAUUUGUUCCUGUAUUUAAUGGUGAUCUGUGUACAGCUGCGCAUAUAUUUUCAUCACUUAUUCUAGCAUCGCUGGUAAAAGAAUGGCUAUGACUAUGUUUGAUAUUCACAUAGAUUUUAAUACAACUCAUGAUCAGCUUUCCCUCGUGUAAUCAGUUGAGGGGUGUUUAGGAGUCCUUCUGAUUUCUGUAGAAUAUGAACUGGUUGUUCAAGGACUCCCUCUGGAUUGUGGACACUAAAGCAAUGUAGAACUGACUAAAACUUGUUCCAGUUGAAAAACAGACUCAGGAAGAUUGUAGUUCAGAGCAUCGUAUAAUGUUUAUUUUCUGAGGGUUUUCUUUUCCCCCCAUCUUUCCCCCUUAAUUCAGCUUGGAACUUUUCUUCCAGGCAGCAUCUUGGAAAAGGGAAGGCUCUACCAUAUAUUUAUUUCUAAAUGUUUUGACAGAGAUGUCAUCUUUUUAAUGAAAUAUAUGUAGACUGCUGUAGCAAUAAAAACCCAUUUUCAGGGGCACCUGGGUGGCUCAGUCGGUUAAGUAUCUGGCUUCAGCUCAGGUUAUGAUCUCUCAGUUCAUGGUUUCGAGUCCCGCAUCGGGCCCUGUGCUGACAGUGUGGAGCCUGCUUUGGACUCUGUGCCUCCCUCUCUCUCUGCCCCUCCCCCCCACUCUCUCUCUCUCUCUCUCAAAAAUAAACAUUAAGGAAAAAAACACCAUUUUCAGGCUAUUAUUUGAAUUUCUCUUGAACACCUCUACUGAAGAGUUCCAUGUAUAUACUUAAUAGUCUUGUCUCUAUUUAGUACAGUAUGUAUAAAUUUAGUUUCCAGUGGUCACAAUCAAGAUAGUAAUUCUUAUUUCUUGCACAAGAAACUUGGUCUGCAGUCUAAAAGUUGGUCUACUCUUUAGAAAUGAAAAUGCAGUGUGGAAAUGAAAAUAAGUGGAUGUUAGAUAUCCGAAUGUACUAUCAUCUAAAAGCAGUUGUAAUUUUAUUGUAAUUGGCUGUCACUGUGAUGUGAUGUGUAAAAAAAACACGUGAACUUUCAUAGUUUAGCCUUUCUUAAACUUUUUUUUUAUUAUGGAAACUUUCUAACACAUAUCAGCCUCUGUAUUUAUAUUUAAUCAGUGGCUCAUUAUAUUUAUAAUACGCCCUUAACUAAGUGGAAUGGUGGUAUGUUUCACAGUACUUGGUAAAAAAACCUGUGUCUUAUAAAAGAUGUAUCUGUAUGAAGAUGUGUAAAGUUUAUAAUAUUGGUCAGAGAAAUGCCCACAGUGAAUUAAAGCUUCAUAUCUGCUUUCUGAA